GCAGUACUACGAAAUGUCCUAUGGUCUCAACAUUGAGAUGCACAAACAGGCAGAAAUCGUCAAGCGCCUCAGUGCCAUCUGUGCUCAGAUCAUCCCUUUCCUCUCUCAGGAGCACCAGCAGCAGGUGGUCCAAGCAGUGGAGAGGGCGAAGCAGGUCACCAUGGCUGAACUAAACGCCAUUAUUGGGCAGCAGCAGCUCCAGCACCUGUCUCACCACGCCCCCGGCAUCCCUCUGACACCGCACCCAUCAGGCUUGUCCCUUGGUGCGGGGAGCUCUGGCCUUUUGGCUUUGACAGGAGCUCUGGGGGUCUCCGCCCACCUCGCUUCCAAAGAUGAGCGAAACCAUCUUGAUCCAGAACACCUUAGAGAGGGAGCCCCCAGCAGGAGUAAGUCGGUGUCGUCAACAGACAGCCAGCCCGCCGAGGAGCGCCAAGGACCCUCAGGAGGAUACUCUGCCUUGCAGGGAGGGGCUGAGGCCAAGAGGAGGCGCUGUGAUGAUAAAGAGCCCCUCCCUCCACACGCCUAUGACAGCGAUGGAGACAAAAGCGAGGACAAUCUUGUGGUGGACGUCUCCAAUGAGGAGCCCAACUCCCCCACCGGCAGCCCGCCUCACUCCCCCCAUGGGAACGGGCUGGACCGGGCACCGACUCUGAGGAAAGAGCUGCCUGGUUCCUCGAGUGCAGGAGAGGCGCCUUCCACGCCAAACCCCCGCAGCCCCACCCCAGGGAAGGCCAAGGACCCUGCACAGAUGGAUAAGUCCCAGUCUCCGCUGUCCAAGUCUGGCACUCCGUCCCCGUCCCAUCGCGAGGCUCUCACCCCGGGAUCAACAGGAGCGCCCGGAGCUCCAGGCCCCAGCACCUCCUGCCUUCGUCUGGUCAGCAAAGCUGCAACAAGCGCAGAUCCACUUGCUCUCCGCAGUCCCAUGUCUGUGCCCCCCGGUUCAUACCCGGCUCAUUUUGGCGUGGUGUCCCACGCAGGGCUGAACGGGGAGCUGGCCAGCCCGGGGGGAUUCGGAGGAGCUCUGACUCUCUCUCCACAGAUCAGCGCCGCAGCCAGCGCCUACUCCCGCAGCCCCAUGGUGGCGUAUGACUCUCGGUCUCACCUAAGAGCUCCCGGCCUGUCCUCCUCUCUCCCUGGUUCCUCUGGUGGAAAACCCGCCUACUCGUUCCACGUGAGCGCCGACGGCCAGAUGCAGCCGGUGCCGUUCCCCCCCGACGCCCUGCUGGGCCCGGGCAUCCCGCGCCAUGCCCGUCAGAUCCACACGCUGAGCCACGGGGAGGUGGUGUGCGCCGUCACAAUCAGCACCUCCACACGCCACGUCUACACCGGAGGCAAGGGCUGCGUCAAGGUGUGGGACAUCAGCCAGCCGGGAAGCAAGAGCCCCAUGGCCCAGCUGGACUGUCUGAACAGAGAUAACUACAUCCGCUCCUGUAAAAUCCUCCCCGACGGUCGGACCCUGAUCGUCGGAGGCGAGGCCAGCACGCUGUCCAUCUGGGAUCUGGCCACGCCGACUCCCCGCAUCAAGGCGGAGCUGACGUCGUCCGCCCCGGCCUGCUACGCCCUGGCCAUCUCCCCCGACAACAAGGUCUGCUUCUCCUGCUGCAGCGACGGCAACAUCGUCGUCUGGGACCUGCACAACCAGACGCUGGUCAGACAGUUCCAGGGCCACACAGACGGAGCGAGCUGCAUCGACAUCUCCAAUGAUGGCACCAAGCUCUGGACGGGAGGGCUGGACAACACGGUCCGCUGCUGGGACCUGAGAGAGGGCCGGCAGCUGCAGCAGCACGACUUCACCUCACAGAUCUUCUCCCUGGGUUACUGUCCCACAGGCGAGUGGCUGGCUGUGGGGAUGGAGAGCAGCAACGUGGAAGUGCUGCAUGUGUCCAAACCCGACAAGUACCAGCUGCACCUCCACGAGAGCUGCGUCCUCUCCCUCAAGUUCGCAUACUGCGGAAAGUGGUUUGUCAGCACAGGAAAAGACAAUCUGUUGAACGCAUGGAGGACACCAUAUGGAGCGAGCAUUUUCCAGUCCAAGGAGUCCUCAUCUGUGCUGAGCUGCGACGUCUCCCCAGAUGACAAGUACAUAGUGACGGGCUCCGGCGACAAGAAGGCCACUGUGUACGAAGUGGUGUAUUAAAGAAUAAGCGGACACGGGAGACAAUAGGAUGGACAGAGGCUUUUCUUUAUUUCUAUUUUAUAUUUUUUUUUUGUUCUUUGUUAUGCAUCAACUCCACUUGAUUCUCAACACCGCCAAACGUCGCCUUCAUCUUCUCGUAUCAUCAGCCCUAAAACUUCAUCACUGCCCUCUUGUUUUGCUGUAAUAUAAGCUGCUGUAGUUGUUCCCAAAUGUCCCCUCACCUUCCCCUUCCUCCACCCAAUCUAAGCUCGUUGAAUGAGGCAUGAUAGCGGAGAGAGAGACGGACAGAAUGAGAAACGGCAAGAUAAGGAGGACAAAGGGAAGAGGGCGGUGGAGUGUAAAGAUAAAGUUGUGAGGAGAAAGAGAGGAAAAAACGAGUAAGAGAGAGCAAUGGAGCAGAAGGAAGCAACAUUAAAUGGGGGUUCGGGGGGGGGGAAGGUAGGGUAAUUAGGGCUGUUUCCUGAUUAAGAGCUCAGUGGAAGGGAGGCCCCCAGAGGAGGCGUGGAGCGGCACGGUGGGAGCGCCAGCCAGGAGCACUGAUACCACACAAUCGAUUCAUUAGCGAGACAGUGGAGGCCUUAAUGAGGCUGACGCUGCAGCUCCAUCUCCCCAGCGAGAGGUGUCAGGAGCCGGGGAACGAUGACGCGGCGAGAUGCUUCAGAUUUCCACAUAAACCGACACGAAAAUCCGCCCAAGACGCACAGAGCCGAGAGUACAAACACUCCGUUACGUUCCCCUCCCCUCCCCCGACUCCCGCCGCCGAUUGAGGUAAACGCGAGACUGGGGGGACGGGGGGGGGGAGGAAAAACUCACAACGUGCCGAGCACCCAAUUAAACAUUCAUCCCAGCGCCCUCCCCUGUCUUUCUGCCUAAUAUCUAUUUUAUUUUUGUCUGACAAAGGCAGCAGCCUAAUGAGCAGGGGAGUCGAUGGGAUUCUCCCAGGGCCCGGAGACACAAACAGAGAACAUCAGCCGAUCCGUUGCCUCUAAUUCCUCCGGAUUGUUCUCCUGACAUCCAGCGCCGCGCUCACUCUCAUUAAAAGGCGCUGUCAGCUAGAUGAAGUAGCAGCACAACCAAGCUCACUGUGAGGCACACUGGAGGGCAAAUUAACACCACGCGAUUACACCAUCAUCAGUAGCUAACUAAGCAGUGACUAAUCCAAUUCCUUUCAAAUUUUAUGCAACUAGUUGCUGUUUUCAUUUCUGCAUUUCUUCAUCUCCAUCACCUGCUUACCUGCUCUGAUUAAACCUUGUCCUAUAAGCCAUUGGUUGUCAUUAAAUUAGAGGGUAAACAUUUUAAACGCGUCCACAAAUCUAAAUGAAUGCACCACUCCUGUGUCUGUAAACUAAAUGUGAAGUUGGCAAAGUCCACUAACUGAAAACAGAGGGGGUCUAACGCAGCGGUGUUAUCUGCACACAGCACACUGUGUCCAGCUAAGAUCACCAAUUAAAACGCUGUAUCUUGUUUGUUUGAUCCUUGGAAAUGCCACAGUGUGAAAAUAAAUUGCCACUUUUCCAUGGUCUGAAGCGGUUGCCGGGACAACAGGUGGCAUUGCAGGAAGUCUGCGGCUGUGCCCGAGCAAAAUCUUGGCACCAAAAGGACCCCCACACGUCGCUUUUUAAACAAAUUUGAGAUGCUGCUGAGCAAUGAAGCUGUGUUUGAAACUUUCUCUUGUUCGCUCAUUACCUGUUGCAUAUUCACUAUUUUUAAGUCUAAAGCUUUUGUUUUAUACAUGCAAAGCUAAUCAAAUUCCGUUAUGUUUUAUAUGUGCAUUAUAUUGACAUUUAAGUUUUACAUAAAUAGACACCGGUGCCUAAAUCUGAGGUAAUGGGAAGUAUGAUUUUGCUGUUUUCAGUGGAAAAUGCAUUGUAAUCAACAUAAUCUGUCUUCAUAUCACAGACACUGAACAUGAGGACAAAUGGCACCCUCCAUGUUUAUUGGCACUCCUUGUAAAAGUGUAUAAACAUUUUAAAAUGUACCUUUUAUCGUAGUAAUACACUGAAAAGUGUUGAAAACCGUUUUUUUUCUUAAUUCAGGAAUAAAAUAUCAAAAUGUGCUUGCCAACCCUUACAGUAUCUAUAAAUGUCUCUGAAACAUUUCCCAUUGUAUACUUUUUACAUUUUUAUUUUAAUUGAUACAAAUUUUGUUUUAUUGGGUUAUUGAUAUGAGACACAAAUGUCCUGUUCUCCAGAGAUUUAGUAUACGCGUCUCACUUUAAUGUUCCCGUCUUUCCUAAUUUGAAGAGUGAUUAAGUCAUAAAAUCGCUUCAAAAAUUGCUACUAAUCUCAAAUUGUCCAUAUUUACAGUCAGACCAAUACUUAAAAAGCUUAAAACAACUGGAAAUGGGACAAAAGACCCAUGAUUAUCUUUCCCACAGACAAUGAGGGAAAUGUCAAAGGGUAAAUCAUGGUCACUGCUAGAAAGCUGCUGAAAACGGUUAAUGCAAACUGAUGCUACUGCAGUAAAACAUUAAUUUAUUCCAAGAUAUUUUUUUACUCAUUUCUAUAAGUGUCAAUAAUUGUGGAGGGUGAUGUAAAUCAUACGUUAAUAUUUCUGAAGAACUGCUGAUCCGUGUCAGUUUUUAUGCCGUGUUUCAAAAGAUAAGUUUAAUCCGUUUUGCUGUUUAGACUCGACAACUUGGGUUUUAAAUAUGCCAUGCUUUCUACAAGGUCUCCAAAAUCCUCUGGGUUGGACUGAGAGGGAGACACACCACUUCACAAGUCAACCGUUUGGAGGUUUUUACUGUGCUGGACACUUGAUCACUUCCCAAUAGUUAGCAACCUGAGCUGAGGAAGCACGUUGAUGCUAAAGCAUGUUGAUGCUAACAUGCUUCCUCAGCUCAGUCCGUCGCAGUCGGCUGUUGUAGCAAAGGCCUCAGCUGUAUGUUACUUUUACUGUACCACCAGAAUGGGAGAAUAAAUGAACAGAACUGGUUGUGGGACACAACCACUCCUUUAUAGCAACUUUAGCAACAGCUCUAGUUUUUUUUUCUUUUGAUUUCAUGAAGCUGCAACUAAAACUUUGAAAUGUGGACGGGUUUGAUCUGUUUUCAGUACGUGCUAAAAGCUAACCACAGUUAGCCUACAGACAUGUAUUGUAAUGAGCAUUAAACAUAUUUAUUUGGACUUUUCUACUUUCAACAUCACUUCACAUAUUCCAAAAUAAGAAAACUAUCAGCGCUCUCCAUUUCUGUAGAGCCUGUGUUUAGAAAUAAAAGGCACAUUUCAAUUUCUUCUAUUAAUUCACUGCACCAUUUCAUUAUUUUUUUUUUAUGACUAGUGAUUGCUUGUCCUGUAUAAUAUGUUUAUGUACUCGGGUUGCCUGUGGCUUGUUUUGGGCUCAGAGGGGGAUACGUACAUAUGGAGAUAGAUAAUCAAGGGAACACAGGUGGGAUGUAUUGAAAACCUACCAAGAACUCCACUGUUUGUUGUUUAUUCUUUAUCCCCUCCUUUUCAAAAGUGGUAGUAAGUGUACUUGAGUCUGUUUCUUAGCCCUUAUGUUGUUUUCAGCUCCUACUUCUUUUGAUUCGUGCCCGUGUUCAGCAGGCACUAAAGAUUUGCUAUGAAGGAGGCUCCACUUUCACUGCAUGCUUGUUGCACUAAAGCUGAGCUGCUCAAAAGG